AUGACCUGGUUCCAGAAAACUUUCACCCUCCCCUCACGCUCCCGCGGCUCGUACCUAAUCACCGACCACGUCCUGUCGGAACUGCCCGAGCUGCGCAACUACAAAGUGGGCAUGUUGAACCUGUUCGUGCAGCACACUAGCUGUGCGCUCUCGUUGAAUGAGAACUGGGAUGAAGACGUACGCGCAGAUAUGAGCGAUGCCUUGGAUCGCAUUGCCCCGUUCGACCGGAAGGGGUCACUGUAUCGGCAUUCCGCAGAAGGGGAGGAUGAUAUGCCUGCUCAUAUUAAAUCCGCAUUGAUUGGAGCGUCGGUGAAUAUCCCCAUCUCCAAUGGAAGAUUGGCUACGGGCACUUGGCAAGGGAUUUGGUAUCUGGAGUUCAGGACGAGUCGACAUUCGAGAAAGGUGGUAGCUACCAUUCAGGGGGAGAAGGCAUGA